CCCUUAUCUUUUUUGCUGUAGUUAAAGAUGCUGCCCUGUCCGCUAAUGUCACCAGUUAGACAAAGAAGAUAAACGAAGGACACAACAAGGUUGGAUAAGGCUGACAAGGACCCUUUCUGUCUCUGAGUGGCACCACUUAUUUCUGUGGACAGAAUGGAGAGUGACGCUGAAUCCAGAAAGCUGAACGUCCAGCCUGAGGGUCCUGCAGCCCUUUCAAAACCCAAAGAGAGCAUGCAGCUCAAAAAGGAAAUCUCUCUCCUGAACGGCAUAAGCCUCAUCGUGGGGAACAUGAUUGGCUCGGGCAUAUUUGUGUCACCAAAGGGCGUUCUGAUCUAUAGUGCCUCCUAUGGACUGUCUCUGGUUAUCUGGGCCAUUGGUGGCAUCUUUUCAGUUGUGGGUGCUCUCUGUUACGCCGAGCUCGGCACAACAAUCACUAAGUCUGGCGCCAGCUAUGCCUACAUCCUGGAGUCGUUUGGAGGCUUCAUAGCAUUUAUACGUCUAUGGACAUCACUGCUUAUCAUCGAACCAACAAGCCAAGCUGUAAUUGCCAUAACUUUUGCCAACUACUUGGUUCAGCCACUCUUCCCCACCUGCCAGCCUCCGUAUUCUGCUUCUCGCCUCAUUGCCGCAGCUUGUAUUUGCCUGCUGACCUUUAUUAAUUCCGCUUAUGUUAAGUGGGGUACCAGGGUGCAGGAUAUCUUCACUUAUGCCAAAGUGCUGGCCCUCAUCGUCAUUAUUAUCACGGGGAUAGUGAAACUGUGCCAAGGUUUUACAAUGAACUUUGAGGAUUCGUUCAAAGGCUCAUCUCGUGACCCGGGAAAUAUCGCUUUGGCAUUGUACUCGGCUCUUUUCUCAUACUCAGGCUGGGACACGCUUAACUUUGUCACAGAAGAGAUUAAGAACCCUGAAAGGAACCUUCCUCUCUCCAUUGCAAUCUCCAUGCCAUUUGUUACGAUCAUCUACAUCCUCACAAACGUGGCCUAUUAUGCUGUGCUGGACAUGAGUGCCAUCGUCGCCAGUGAUGCUGUCGCUGUGACAUUUGCAGACCACACUUUGGGAGUGAUGAGUUGGACCAUCCCUAUUGCGGUGGCUUUAUCCUGUUACGGAGGUCUUAACGCUUCUAUCAUUGCUGCAUCCAGGUUGUUCUUCGUGGGAGCUCGAGAAGGUCAUCUUCCAGAUUCUUUGUCUAUGAUUCACGUGGAGAGAUUCACGCCAGUUCCUGCUCUGCUAUUUAAUUGUGCCAUGGCCCUGAUCUACCUUACAGUGGAGGAUGUUUUCCAGCUGAUUAACUAUUACAGCUUCAGUUACUGGUUUUUCGUUGGCCUGUCUAUUGCUGGGCAGAUCUACCUUCGCUGGAAAGAGCCAGACAGACCCCGGCCACUGAAGUUGAGUCUGCUGUAUCCCAUCAUCUUCUGCUUGUGUGUUGUGUUCCUGGUGGCUGUGCCACUUUAUUCUGACACACUCAACUCACUCAUUGGAAUUGCUAUUGCCCUCUCCGGAGUGCCUGUUUACUUCUUCGGUAUCUAUCUUCCAGAGUCCAAGCGCCCACCCAUUAUCACUAAACUGUUAGGUGCCAUCACCCGUUUCACCCAGUUCACCUGUUUUUGUGUGCUCACCGAAUUAGACACUGUUGAUUAGAACACUUGCACCUCUUUGACCCACAAACCCACUGGUUUAGGAAGAGGAAACCAAUGUCUGGAGCAACAGGAAAGAGAUCUUCCACACUUUUAAAGACACAGAUGCACUCUUAAUGUCACUGCGUUGGAUUCCUUUUUUUAUUAUAAAAGGGUUCUGCUAAAGCCCCAGUGUACUGCAGUAUUAGCCUGAGAACCAUAUGUUAUGAAAAUGAAGGCCAUAAUGGUAUCGAAGCGCUUAUGAUACAAACACCAACUGUAUUCCUCUCAGAGAAAUGAAGACAUAAACAGCAUGCAGUGAUUUGUGUGGGCCAUUAUGAAGAACAUGGUCAAUAAUUCGAUUUGUAUUUAUAUAUAUUUUUUUAAAAUAUCUAUCAAUUUAUUUUAUCCACAGUUUUUAAGUGAAAGAUAUUUAAAUUUUCCUUAUUGAGAUGACCGUCGCACGAGUGUGUCAGUCCUCUUACAGUAUUUGGAGAGGUCAGUCCUGUGUCAUUGCCCACAUGCCGUAGCUGGUUCUAGAGGGAAGGUGACUGUAUGCAUUUGAAAGCUGAAAUCUGCUGCUAUGCUUCUGUACAUGAAGUGAAGCAU